UUUUGUUUUUGUUACGUCCAAUCACACACUAUCGGAGUCGCACAGUCUUAAAAAAGAAGCCUAAGACAAUAGCCGAUUUUUUUUCUUCCCUCUUUACAACGAACACAUAUUGAAAAUGGCAGGAAAAGGAGUCGUAAGAAGCAUUAAAAACUAUGCAAAAGGAUUUUCUGAAGUCCAGAUUAAAGUACGAGAAGCUACCUCUAAUGAUACUUGGGGUCCAAGCGGUUCGUUAAUGAACGAAAUUGCCCAAUUGACAUUUAACGAACACGAUUUUAUUGAAAUCAUGGAUAUGCUCGAUAGAAGGCUUAACGACAAAGGAAAAAACUGGCGUCAUGUAUUCAAAGCCUUGCUCGUGCUGGAUUAUUGUUUACACGUUGGAUCCGAAAAUGUUGUACUUUAUGCCAAGGAAAAUAUUUACGUUGUAAGAACACUGAAAGAAUUUCAGCAUGUGGACGAUACCGGAAAAGAUGUUGGAUUCAAUGUACGCCAAAAAGCCAAAGACAUAACCAGCUUAUUAUUAGAUGAGCAGCGUCUCAAGGAAGAGCGUCGCUCACGCCAGCAAAUGCAAGAUAGAAUGGCCAAUGUAGGAGAUUAUAUGAAUGAUAUGAUGCUAGUGGGAAAGUCGAAUACUAGGAAUGAGGACCAUGCUGUCUACGAUCAUCCUGGGUACUUAGACGAAGACAAGGAUUUAAAAAAAGCCAUUGAAGAAAGCAAGCGCAUGGCAGAGCAAGAGUUUAGAAAUCGUGGCGUUGGAACUGAUGCUGACUUACAAAAAGCACUUGAAGAGAGUGAACGGGAAGCUAGAGAAAACGAGAGAAAGAAAAGAGAGGCAUUGGAACGUCAAAACCAAGAUAACCUUUUUGGUAACCAACAAACUUUCCAACCAUUCCCUGCUAGUCAGUCGUUUGAUUCAUCUCUUAACCCAUAUGGCCAGCAACAACAACAAUAUAGUCAACAACAACAACAAUAUAUUCCACAACAACAACCUAUUGGCCAACAGCAACAACAGCCAAUAUAUGGCCAGCAACAUGCACAACAGCAAUGGCCACAGUCAACUGGUUUGACUGGAAUGUCAUUUACUGAGCCCAUUCAACAACAACAAACAUUUAGCAACCCUUAUCAACAGCAGUCUGUUGGGUUUAACAACUUGGGCCUUCAAGCUCAAAUGACGGGUAUGCCUCUUCAAACACAAAUGACGGGAAUGCCCCUCCAAGCACAAAUGACAGGUAUGCCGCAACAACAACAAUUUCAGACCCAGCAGUUUAAUGGAGCCCAAAACAACCCAUUUGGUCAAUCAAACACACCGACACAACAACAAAACGGCAUAUUCGGAACACCUACUUCAGUAAAUCCCCAGGUUACUGGUAUGCAGACAACAAAUCAAUCUGAUACAAGUUUCUCCAAAUUAAAUAGUCUUUUGGCAAACAGAGAUGAUGGUAUGGACACUUUUGGUAACACAGGAAAUCUACGUAUUCCAUAUGGUACAGGAUUUGCUAGCACUUUGGUUCCACAAAGUAGCAAUAAAGCUAUCACAGACAGCCCGUCGUUUUCCCAGCCUUUUGGUCAACAACCUAAUCGUAAUCCAUUUGGACAAUCGCCUAGUACUCCUACGGGUACACCCCAGCAAUCACAAAAAAGCUUGUUGGAAAUGAUGCAAGAACAAAGAUUGCAACCCCAAAUGACAGGGUACAACCAGCCCCAAAUGACCGGUAUGCAGCAAGGUUAUACGACGAAUCAAUCUCAACAAUCCCAACAUCAACAACAGCAACAGCAACAACCUUCCUUCUUUUAAUCUAUUAAUCUAUACUUUUUUAAAUAAAUAAAAACAUUAUUGUGUAUGGUGGGAAAA